AUGCAGGGCCAGGAAAGUCUGGAGUUACUCCGAGAGAGCAGUCAACUCCGUGUGGCCUUACUCCUGAAUCUCUCCCAAUGCUCCUUGAAGUUGGAGGAUUUUCCAGCAGCCGCUCAACAUGCCAGCGACGCCUUGGACUUGGAGCCUUCUUGCAAGGCGCUCUUUCGCCGCGCUCUGGCGCAGCUGGCACGAGGCUCCCUGAGCGAAGCCCGGGACGACCUGCAAGCCGCCUUACAGCUCGAGCCGCAGAACCGUGAGGUCCGUGAGAAGCUGGAGGUCUGCCGGACACGGAUGCAGCAGGCACAAGCAUGGCAGAAGCAAGCUUUCGGAGGCCUCUUCGGAAAGGCCCCCGAGCAAUCCUCCCGACAGCGCAGCUCGGAAACUUUGAAGUCUUUGCCCAAGGUUUGGAUGGAGAUGCAGAUCGGUUCCAAACCUGCUGGCAGGGUGGAGAUGAUCCUUUACAAAGACACAGUACCGCGCACCGCCGAGAAUUUCUUGAAGCUUUGCACCGGGGAGCUCAGCACCGAAAGGCGGCGCCUCCACUAUCGGCACUCGAUCAUCCACAAGGUGGUGCCUGGAUGCCUUAUCGAGGCGGGCGACAUCGAGAAGAGCAAUGGCAUGGGCGGCCAGUCCAUCUACGGCCCAAGCCUUAGUUCGGCCCUGGGCCUGUCUCUCCCGGAGUUCGAUGGGAAGCACGUGGUGUUCGGGGAAGUGUCAUCUGGGCUUCAGGUCCUUGAUGCGAUGGAGCAGGUGGAGACCGAGUCCUCAGAGCAUUUGCCCAUCCUCAAGGAAGUGCUUGAGCUGAACUUCCCCGGACUUCUGGUGAGAGUUCUGGAUGUUACGCAGCCGCAGCCGCAGGACAUCCUAGACUUCGCCGGUCCCAACGAGACAAAGGGGUCGAAAGGCUGCGUCUAUGCUGGGCAGUGGAAGUGGAAAGUGGAGUCCGAAGACGAGCUGCAGGCAAGCUCUCUCCAGGCGGCGGCCAGUGUCUGGGAGUGGAAGAACCGAAAUGGCUGGCAGCGCUACCUGCCGGAGGAUGAAUGUUUGCUGGACCAGCUGCAAGUCGAGUGCAAAGGACAGCAAGCGGAGACGUCUGGGUUCUCCUUUGGCAGAGGGACUAUGUACAAGGUGGACUUCCUUGAGAACCUCCA